CUCUUCGCCGGCGACGUUGCCCUCCACCUGAGCGCUCUGAGCUCGAGCCAACAUGGCGGGGAUUCGAUAGCUAGUGAUCUUUGCAGUUUCUCUCUGGAAACGUCAACAGUCACAGAGUAAUCGCUACUUUAAAAAUCGUCGUAUACGGGUUUUAUAGCUUACUCUGUUUAUAUACAUAACGCCUUUUGGCAAAAUACAGCAGGAAGUAUUUUGAUAUUCAGGCUUCGUUGUUGCUUCAGCAUUCUCAACGUCGCUGACAACCUUAGCUCCUUGACAGGGGGAGUAGCCACAUCCAGUUUCGCUGGGGCAACUCGAUCCUAGGUUGUGGUUUCGGAGGAUCACUUUGAAGGAAUGUUCCCAAGGUAAUCCCUGGUGUAUCAGGUCGAGGUGUCCUCUCCUCUCCUCUCCUCUCCACCCCCCUCCCUCUGCACUCACUGAUCUCUGCAGUGGCAACACCAGCCACCACCACCACCACCCCCACCACCACCAGCAGCAGCACCACUGAUCAGUGAUGUCCUCCACCUCGGCCGCCCCCCCUCCCCGGGGCCCGGGCUCCGGCGGCGUGACGGUGGCGGUGCCCCCCUCCUCGGUCUCGGCCCUCUCGCCCCCCCUCCUGGACACGCUGUCCGUCUCCUCCCUCCUCUCGGACGACCUGGAGGGCGACGGGGAGGGCGGGGCCGACGGGGAGCUGGGCGACCUGGAGGUCAACCCCUACGACGGGCUGCCCUUCUCCUCGCGCUACUACAGCCUGCUGGAGCAGCGGCGCCGCCUGCCUGUCUGGAGGCUGAAGUACACGCUGCUGGAGCACAUGGAGGAGCACAGCAUGGUGGUGCUGAGCGCGCCCAGUGGCGCAGGGAAGAGCACGCAGGUGCCCCAGUGGUGUGUGGAGUACGCCAUGUCUCAGCAGUUUGCUGAUGGGCUGGUGUGCUGCUGCCAGCCGUACGCCGCGGCCGCCUGCAGCCUGGCUCUCCGCGUGGCCGACGAGAUGGACCUCAGCCUGGGGCUGGAGGUGGGCUACCGGGUACCCCACGACGACGGCAGCACCCCCGACACCCUGCUCAGGUUUGAGACGGACGCUCUCCUCCUGGGUGACAUGAUGUCCGAGCCUCUCCUCCGCCAGUACGGCGUGCUGGUGCUGGACGAGGUUCAGGAGCGGACGCUGGCCACCGACGUGCUGCUGGGCCUGUUGCGCGACGUGUGCCGGCAGCGGCAGGAGCUCCGCGUGGUGGUGCUGGCCGACCCCGCCACCGCCCCCACCAUCGCAGCCUUCCUGGGGGACACAGUGCCCCUGCUCAACAUGCCUCCACCGGAGGACGUGGAGGAGGAGGAGGUGGAGGAGGACCUCCCUUCAUCAUCGCCGUCAUCGCCUCCAGCCCCAGUGGAGACGGUGUAUCGGGACCCUGCCGCCGGGAGAGAGCCGGCCAGCACAUCGUGCCACAUGGUGCUCGAUCUGCACCGCAGAGGAGAGGAAGGGGACAUCAUCGUAUUCCUGCCCAGCCCACAGGACAUAGAGGACUGCGCCGCCCUGCUGGAGAAGGAGUGUGUUGCGCUGAGUCCCCAGCUGGGCUCCAUGCGGGUGCUGCCGUUGCACGCGGGACUGGGGGCCGCGACACAGCAGGUGUACGAUGGAGAAGGAGAAGGGGGCGAGGCGGAGGACGGCCGAGAGGGGGAUGAGGAGCGGGAGGAGGAGGAGGAAGAGGAGAGGAGGACGCUAGGACUGGGGGGGCAGGAGGCGCUGGUCAGCCCGGCCCUGAAGAGGAAGGUGAUCCUGACGGAUGCCCUCGGGGAAGCCUCCUUCUCCAUGCCCAACAUCCGCUACGUCAUCGACACCGGACUGCUGCUCAAGACCGUGUAUAACCCACAAAUCAGAGCAGACUCCCAGGUCCUACGGCCAAUCAGCAAGCACCAAGCUGACCUGCGCACUGCACGUGUCAACAGCAGACUUCCUGGUCUGUGUGUGCGUCUGUACUCUCCUGUGUUGUAUGAGGAGGGCAUGCCUGCGUGGCGUUGUCCCAGCGUGGUGGAGGAGAACCUGAGUCACCUGGUGCUGCUGCUCAAGAGGCUGGACAUCGCAGACAUGGGCCAAUGCAAGUUCCUGGACCGCCCAGCCCCCGAGGCUCUGAUGCAGGCCCUGGAGGACCUGGACUACUUGGCGGCGCUGGAUGACGAUGGCAACCUGUCUGAGGUGGGCAUCAUCAUGUCCGAGCUGCCGCUGGAGCCCCCGCUGGCCAAGGCGCUCAUUGCAGCCUGCGAGUUCGACUGUGUCAGCGAGCUGCUCACGAUCGCCGCCAUGCUCACAGCUCCUGCGUGUUUCGUGACCCCGCCCCCCAAUAAGGAGGAGGCGGCUGCCACCCACAGGCGCCCGCUACUGCACCCGGAGGGAGACCACCUCACCCUCAUCAACGUCUACAACGCAUACAUGCAGCACAACCAGGACGAAGCCUGGUGCGCCACCAACUACAUCAACGCCUCUUCGCUACGAUUGGCCGAGAUGAUCCGGGCGGAGCUUCUGGAGGUGAUGCAGCGAAUCGAGCUGCCCGUCUCCCCGCCCGCCUUCGGUUGCCAAGACAACAGCACCAACAUCAAACGAGCCCUCAUCUCCGGGUUCUUCCUCAAGGUGGCUCAUGACGUGGACGCUGGCUCGGGUAACUACCUGCUCCUGACGCAUCGACACGUGGCUCACCUGCACCCCUACUCCACCUACCGCUGCCGCCGGCCGCAGCCCAUCCCCCCCACCUGGGUCCUCUACCACGACUUCACCAUCUCCCACGACAACUGCAUACGCACCGUCUCCGAAAUACACCCACACAUGUUGGUGGAGUUGGCGCCGUCGUACUACCUGGGCAACCUGCCGUCCAGCGAGGGCCGAGACUUCCUUAUGGAGCUCCGCCAGAGCCUGCUGCCCCCGGACGACUCCGAGGAGGGGGGCGCGGAGGGGGGCAAGUGCCGCGGGGAGGGGGACGCAGACUCACGGACUCAGCACACCACAGAGAUGUGUGUCGUACAGUGAUGAGGACACUCUGCUCUGGACCUUUGUAGUGCAAUGCAUUGUGGGAUAUGGAUGAUGAUACUGAUGGCAUAUGGACCACAUACUGUAUGUCAGCCCAAGGAUGUAUCUGCUCACAAGAAGAGGCGAUCAAGGAUGGACAUCAUUUUUUACUUUAUAAGACCUAUGAUCAUCCCCCAUCGCUUUUAAAAGUGAUCAUGCGAUCAAGAGUUUACAGAAAGAUUAUUUUGUAAAGAUUAAGAAUUUAAGAACUCUGAAUUUGAUGUAAGAGAUUAAAAAAAAAAGUUUCUGGUCUGUCUCGACAGACUAUUUCGUGUCAAAGACACGUGACGCUCAAGCCAUAACUGAGCACGACGAUUCCUUAGGAAUGCAUAAUAACCACACAGUGAGUCACACUGUCAUAGGUAAUACUUAGGUAACAGUAAUAACAGUAGUAAUAUACAGUACAUGCCUUGUUGUCCUACUGUGUAUAUCACCAACACGGUCCUGUGUGCAGACUGGGUUUUGACGUUGUUUACCUAAUACUAACUGAGCCAACACUGAGCGUGAAAGCCCUUUAUUAUCUUACUGUAUUGCACAAGGCUCAGGUGCACUUUGUGAAAGCAACACUAAGUCAUUUGUUUUCUACCUUAAACUGAUGUUUCCCAAAAUCUUUUCAAUGGUUCGUUAACUCAUAACCAGUGAUGGACAAAAUGGAAUUCAUUAGUUACAAUCUAGGGCCACAUAUUCCAAAUGACCUUAUUUUACAUGUGGGUAAAACAAGUUCUAAAUUAACACCAGCCAACUGGCCAAAAUCCUGGUGAAAUGUGAAAUUGGCCGGUAGAAAAGACCAACUUACGAGCCACUGUGACCCUUUUGUCAGUGUGUGUGUGGUUAAGGAGGUUAACAUUGACUGUCCAUUUUGGCUGGUGGUGAGGAAAGAUAAUUAGAGCUCUGAUUGUAAGUUAACUAAUGAAUCCGUUUUGCCCAUCACUGCUCAUAACAGGGUGAACUUCAGGUCUGAAUUCGCUUUGCUGCCCUUCAUGGGCUACUGUAACACUACACACGUGGAGAAGCAGGCCAUCUUCCUACCGUAUAAAAAUAUCAUCAAAGUUCGAAAAGAUACAAUAUAAGCAUGACCUGUACGCCGUCCGUCUGAAGAGGAAAACCUCCUGGACAUACCAGGCGUUGAUGGUUAUUGCAGUUGUGUGACACUCACUUUUUCAUUUGUGAAAGUGCAAUAAUCAAAAGUAGAUCUUGUAGGUUUGUUCCUUCAUGCUCUUCUCAGACACAGUUGUACAGUACUGGAUCAGUUCGUAGGCCUAUUCAGUGGUGGUUAGUGGAUGUAUACAGUAUGUAUUCUGGGAGGAGUUCCUGGUUUUGGUCUAAUGGAAGACCGGGGCCGAGAGACGUUCUAGAGUUCUUCAGUGGACACAGACAACAUUCCAUGACUCAUUCAAGCCAUUCAUCAAUCAACAGUACCUGGAACAGGACCAUGGGCUCACCGAAGGCCACUGACAGCCUUUUUGUGUGUGUGUGUUUUGUUUUGUUUGAAAGUGCAAUGAACUGACCUCCACAAGACUCACUGAAAAAAUAAGUCAUGCAUCAAAACACUUUUUGUGAAUGUGUUGUAUGGUGUGUGUGUGUGUGUGCGUGUGCGUGCGUGCGUGCGUGCGUAUUUUAAUGUGUUUGAAGAGUGUAUGUUUUAAGAGAGGUGAUUGCCUGACUAAUCCGCAGUACAUCCAAAGUGGAAAACACACAUACAGUACAUCUUAUUCUAUAUUCAUACAUGGCCAUAGACUGUGUGAAUAAUUGUUUAAAAUGCAUGUGUUUUUGUUUCAUAUGGGCUGUACUGUGGGUUAGUCAGAAAAUCAGCUUCUGAGGUGUGUCUAGAAACAAGCUGGGCUGCAAGCCAAUCUCAAUCCUUCUGUCCUUUCCUGUACCCUUUGGUUUCAUCAUCCACGAUCGAAGUUAAUAUUCAAUAUCGUAGCCUACCGAAAAAUAAUUCAAAGGUUAUUAUCUCCUUUGCAAUUGGGAAGGAGUAGGUUAAAGCUAGCACAUCCAUAUGUCUGACCUGGGAUGUUUCCCUAAAACAUAAAAAAACAUAAAACAUCAAAAAGUGGAAGCAGAAAAAUCCUGGUUGAAGCAACUUUGUUCUUUUGAAUGGAAGAAAAACAAAAAAUAAAACCCACAGGAAAUAAUUGAAGGACAAAGACUGACUUGCACUGCUGGAAAUGAGAUUCACUGUGGCUUCUAAAGGUUCAGCAGCAUCACGGGCCAGUUUUUCAACCCUCUUUCAAUGACAAUCACAUGCAUGUUCAUGAAUCAGGAUCAGUUACUGCCAUUACAAUUUCUAAUUUGUUUCGAUUCAUAUAAUGUGACGUUACAAGAGCUUGGGAUUGCAGUAUAAAGCAGUAUUGCAUUGUCAGAAUAUUACACAUUUUAAUUUACUGUCAACACUCCAAAUUUGAUUAACGCUAAAGGGAAAUGACAAGACUAAGCUGUCAGAUUCAUACAUGCACUACCCGCCAUCACAUUAAAUGUGGUGUAGGAAAGGCAACUUUUAAAAACAACCAGCAUAACACCUGACGCAGAAUAUCGACUAAUCCAGUUAUCUAGUGGACCCAUGAACAUUUUCCUGACCUCCACCAACCCCAUCAUAUUUCAAACACCAAACAUAAACACCUAUUAUCCGUAAAAUUUUGUGAAAAAAUCAAGGGUUUUUUUUACAUGCAUGUCUAUGGCUUUUAAAGCAAGUAUCCCCUCCUCUCUGCGACCUCUACCUUAGCCCCGCCCCCUCCUUAGGGAACCACUGCACUAAUCAUUUUUAUGGGGCUCAGGUUGACACGCCCUGCUAUCAUUUCAGGUUAUUUCUGUACGUCAUUUGAGGCUUUGCCUGUCCUUUUGGCAAUGCAGAGGUCAAGGGGAAACGCUGCAAACAGCAUGGAAUCAGUCUGACUUGAUCUCUGACAACUCUGGUGUCUAACAAAUGUGCAUGCCAGCAGUACUUUAGUUCAGAACCCCUUUGAGGUCUCCAAUUCUGUAUAAAAAUAUUCUUUACCCUGCGUAAGACUUGAAAAACUGGCCCUCCUUGUCAGCAGGAGAUCCUGGUUUUACUUGGAACUUCCCUUUGGCUGGGCCUGGAAGGCUUCUUUUUUUCCUUCUUUAUUUGAAAACUAUGUUCCAUUGAAAAUGUUUUGGUUUGUAUCGUUGUUCGUAUCUUUUGCCUCAGAAAGUUGCUGAUAUCGUUUUCAAAACCUGAAUAUUUUUGUGUGUAAAUAAUGGGAAUCAAAAAUAUAUGUUUCAUCUAUCACUUUGAAAAGGAAUUAAAAACCUUCAAUGUGCUGUU